AGGGACACCGGGGGACUCGCUCCGCCGGCAGCCGCCUCGCCUGACCCGGGGCUGCAGCCCGAGCGCCUGCGGCAGGGUCGCGUCCAGCCCGGGGCGGUGCACGGCGCUGCGGGAAGAUGCCCGCUGACAUGAUGGAGAAAAACUCCUCCCCGGUCGCGGCGACCCCGGCCAGCGUCAGCGCGACGCCGGACAAACCCAAGACCGCGUCCGAGCACCGCAAGUCCUCCAAGCCCAUCAUGGAGAAGCGGCGGCGGGCGAGGAUCAACGAGAGCUUGAGCCAGCUGAAAACCCUCAUCCUGGACGCGCUCAAGAAAGACGUGAGUGGGGCUGUGCCGCGGGGGCGGCGGCGGGUGCGGGGGGCCCCCCGCAGGCUCGCCGGGAGCUCUCAUGUCUCUCUCCCCGCAGAGCUCGCGGCACUCCAAGCUGGAGAAGGCCGAUAUCCUGGAGAUGACCGUGAAGCAUCUCCGGAGCCUGCAGCGCGCCCAGAUGACGGCUGCUCUCAGCACAGAUCCCACGGUGCUGGGCAAGUACCGGGCCGGCUUCAGCGAGUGCAUGAACGAGGUGACCCGCUUCCUCUCCACCUGCGAGGGGGUGAACACCGAGGUGCGCACCCGUCUCCUAGGUCACCUGGCCAGCUGCAUGACCCAGAUCAACGCCAUGAACUACCCGGCGCAGCCACCGCCACUGCCCCCACCCGGGGCUCCACACGCCUCCUUCGGGCAGCCGCUGGUGCAGAUCCCCGCAGGGGCAGCGCCCCCAGGCGGCGGAGUGGUGCCGCUCAGCGGGAUGCCUUGCAAGUUGGGGAGCCCGGCGGGGGAGGCCACCAAGGUGUACGGUGGCUUCCAGCUGGUGCCUGCCUCGGACGGCCAGUUCGCCUUUCUCAUCCCCAACACCUUCGCGCCUGGCGGGGCCGUGGUGCCAUUGUAUCCCAACGGCGGGCCGGGCUCUGGGGGCCCCGCCGGCGGGCCUUCGCUCACAGCGGACUCUGUGUGGCGGCCCUGGUGAGCGGGACUCUGGACUGUCCCGGCCAGACGACAGACUGACAGGCCCACGUGCGGCGGGCUGCGCGCGGGGCCCCCGUACCCUGGCUGUAUCAUUACCUGUUCAUAUUGGAUUGUGCCUCUGUACUAUAGCCCCUCCGCUGGGUGGGCCACUCGUGUUUUCCAUGAGAGCUCCCUUGCGCCCCCCUCCCCCUUUUUUAAUGUGACACCAAAGAUCCUGUCUGAAUGCUCUUACAAUACAAUAAAUGCCUCACUUCCUUGGAGAAGUUAUUUGACAAUAA